CUGAGCCUCCUGCUCCCUCUCCGCCAGGGCUGGCUUGGACUUUCUUCCCUGCUCUUCCCGCUCUUCGGAUCAUGUCAGCUAAGCUUCUGGUGGGUGUCUUCCUCCUGUCCGUAUUCCAGGCCUGUUCAAGAAAGGUUGAAGAGGAUGACUUUGAGGAUUUCACAUCAAACCAAAAAUGGGUAAUGGCUCCAAAAACACACGACACUGAUGUGACGCUGUUGCUGAACAAGUUGCUGAGAGAGUACGAUAAAAAGCUGCGGCCGGACAUUGGGAUGAAACCAACUGUCAUUGACGUUGACAUCUAUGUUAACAGCAUUGGCCCCGUGUCAUCAAUAAAUAUGGAAUACCAAAUCGAUAUAUUUUUUGCUCAGACAUGGACGGACAGCCGUCUCCGUUUUAACAGCACCAUGAAAAGAAGUUUGACCCUGAACAGCAAUAUGGUUGGGUUAAUUUGGAUCCCAGACACUAUCUUCAGAAAUUCUAAAACGGCAGAAGCUCAUUGGAUUACUACACCCAAUCAGCUCUUGAGGAUAUGGAAUGAUGGGAAAAUCUUGUACACUUUAAGGCUUACCAUCAAUGCCGAAUGCCAGCUGCAACUGCAUAAUUUCCCAAUGGAUAAACAUUCCUGCCCGCUGAUAUUCUCCAGCUAUGGCUAUCCUCAAGAAGAAAUGAUUUACCGAUGGAGGAAAAACUCAGUAGAAGCUGCAGACCAGAAAUCUUGGAGGCUCUAUCAAUUUGAUUUCAUGGGUCUCAGAAAUACCUCUGAUAUUGUGCAAACAUCAGCAGGUGAUUAUAUAGUCAUGACCAUCUACUUCGACUUAAGUAGAAGAAUGGGAUACUUCACUAUUCAAACAUACAUUCCCUGUAUAUUAACAGUUGUCUUAUCCUGGGUAUCGUUUUGGAUCAAAAAAGAUGCCACACCAGCAAGAACAGCCCUAGGCAUCACCACGGUGUUAACCAUGACAACUCUCAGCACCAUUGCCAGGAAUUCUUUGCCCCGCGUUUCUUACGUCACUGCCAUGGAUUUGUUUGUGACUGUGUGCUUCUUAUUUGUCUUUGCUGCUUUGAUGGAGUAUGCCACCCUCAACUACUACUCAAGUUGCAGGAAGCCACACUGUACAAAGAAGAAAAAGUCGCUACCUGAUGUCAGUUUUGGUCACAUGAUGAAUUAUUCUGUACUAGAGAUGAGGCCUCCUCCCACAGUCAUCGCCUUGAAUAAUGCCAUGUACUGGCAAGAAUUUGAAGACAAUUGUAUCUAUGAAUGUCUGGACGGAAAGGACUGCCAGAGCUUUUUCUGUUGCUAUGAAGAGUGUAAAUCAGGCUCAUGGAGGAAAGGACGGAUACACAUAGACAUCUUAGAACUAGACUCGUAUUCCAGAGUCUUUUUUCCAACAUCGUUCCUGCUGUUUAACUUGGUGUAUUGGGUUGGAUACCUUUAUCUCUAAGGGAGGGAGAAAGGAAAGGAAACUGUGUUUUCACACUUCUUGGAGACAGUGAACAUAUGGAAGUCCAGGACACAGCCAGUUUCAUCAUCAUAUCUAAAGGUCACCUUAUCUUUUAUCAUCAAAGGAAAGAAGUUUUAUUUACACCUUUGGCUGAAAACAAAGCAAAAGGAAAACGCCUCACAAAAACUGAAGCAUUCAUUUCAGGUUUGAAUUUUUUUUGCCAAGCACACACCAACCACCAUUGUCUGCUAAUUAUUUAUUAAUGUUCCUUCCUGAUGAAGAAUUUUCUUUUUCUUUUUUCUGGGUUACAGAAUAUGAUGUAGCAUUCAGGCAAGGAAGCAAAGUACAACUCUUCUGCUAACAUUUGUCAUUAUACACCCUUACCCUUGAAACACAUUUUGGGAACAAAUGCUUAUUGGUUCAGGCUAUCUGUAUUGCCAGCUGAGAUCACCUACUUUUCCUUGAAUUUCUCUCAACUCGAGUGAAAAGCCACCAGAUUCUCCUUUGUAGCAGCCAUGAUUUUUGUCUUUGGUCUUAAUCAGAAAUGAAAAGUAUGAUUUAAACUGCUUUUCACAAAGAUAGCUGUGUCGUUUCAAUAAUUUUAUAUCUUUUACACAAAACAUAAAAUCCAUCUGGCUGGCCAAAUGCUGCAGGAAAUAAAUUGAUUUCUAGAAUAAUAAAUUUACAACUUGAUAAGACUUAGCUUGUUUAUGAUAGUGUAGCAGACUGUAGUUGAUAACAAGUUUGGUUCACUAUGUAAUAACACUGGGAAGAUGUGAUUGAUUGAAGACUGAAAUUUAAUUUAUUUCAUAUAUAUAUUUUCACAGGGCAUACUUAAUUUGUAUAUGCAGUUCUGUGACUUCAUCAGUUGGAUUCUUCCAUUUAAGUGUGUGAAGGAGGACUUACUGAUGGAAGAAUUCCAUAUGUCUUAGGGCCUGUCCAUACUUGCAUAUAGUUAUGGUAUACAGAUGGUUGAUAGCAUGAUCUGGAUCUGAAGAAAAGACCACAUCCACUUGUGUUUUUACUUAGGAAGAUCUACCCUUCUCCUUUAAGAGCUGUCCCAUACCUUUCUAACACAGUGCUUUCUAACACAGUGCUAGGGCAUGCAUUCUUUUUGACAUGAUUCAGAGCCUAGCAGGCUUAGGGGGCAGAUGGAGAAGAGCAGUCCAGGAGGCUGUCCAAGACCAGCAAAGGCUCUUCAGCAACCACUCUCUCAGAAACAAACACUGCAAACAGGCUUGCCGCAGCAUGGUGGCUACACAGCACCCUGAAGCCUGGGGUCACCUCCACCACUGCAGCUCCAGAGAUCACCUUUGCAGUGGCAGUCAUGAUAGUGGAGACAGAAGCAGCAGUGAUUAGGAAUGGACAAGAACAGCUGAUAGGCUGUGAGCCCUCUGAGUCUGGCACCAGCAACCAGCUUCUGGCCUCUGCUGAUCAGCUGUGGAGCAGAGGGGAACAACUGAGAGGCAGAGAGCAGCUGAAAGAGAGGUGGGUAAGCCUCUCCAACAAUGCAGCCAGCUUCCUGCUCGUGUUGAUCUGGGAAGUAGGAAGGAGCAGCAGAGAGGCAGCAAGCCUCCCCGCCACCACAGCCAGCUUCCCACAAGCCUCAACACACCAGUGUUGACAGAAGGGUUACUUAAAAGAGAGGUUAAAAUAGAUUGCAUUGAACAUAAGGACCUUUUAAGCAUGGGCAUGAUCGCACCAAAUUUUACAGUGUGGACAGGCUCUUAGAGUACCUUCCAAGUAAGCAAUCUAUAAAUGGACAUAAUAGAAGCUUUUCAUAUUAGCAGAUUAAUAAGAGUCCUGUGUGUGUAAACAGGCUUUUCUUGGUAAGAAAGGAAGCUAUUGGAGGUUCUGUUAUAAACAACAGAGUCUGAACAGUUCUUAGAGAUGGAAUAUUAAGAAUUUUUCUAAAAUAACCACCAACUAUUAAUAGAUUUUAAAAUGGAAAUGUUUUUUGUACUUUUGGAAAAUGGUUCAGACAUUAAAUUGCUGAAAGAGUUAAUGCUUGUGUUGUAAACUGUUCAUCAUAGGUAAAUCUCUCAUGGUCCUUCCCAAAGGUAAAUGUGUUAAAAAUCUGUUUUAAAUUGUUUUAAGUAUUUCUUCUUUUUUAAAAAUCUUUGGGCAAAACAGCAUUUUCAGCAGUACCAAUGCCAUCAAAUGCCUUUUUCCCCUGCGCCAAUCAAAAGCUUGACUCCUGUUCAUUCCAAAACAUGUAUUUCUCAAUACUGUGCUCAGCUCAUAUUGUCCUAUAUAUUUUCAUUGUCUUGUGAAGCAAGAGUAGAAAAACAAAAAAAAAGAAGAGUGUACUAAAAGUAAACAGUGUGAGAAGUGCAGGGGAAGGGGGAGGUUGCCUCUCGAUUUUCUUUUAAAAACCGAAAAGAAAGGAACUCUUCAUUUCUGAAUGAUCUUUCCACCCCCAGUCUCCAAAAUGUCAAGAGGGAUCCAGUGAACAUUAAGGGGAGGGUAGUUGUUCAUUGGUACAGCAUGCAUUUCAUGUGGGGGAAAAAAUCUGUUUUGGCUCCUGGUGCUUCCAAGGAGAGCUGCAGAAGAUUCUUAUUUGAGACUUUAGAGAGCUACAACCAAUCAGCACAGGCAAUGCUGAGCUUGAUGGACCAAUGGCAUGAUGGACCUAUGGACCUUUUGUGAAUUCAGAUUUCAGGGCAAAAGCACCAGAACAAUGCUGUAUCACAUGUGAUGAACAAGAAUGGUAAAUGCAUAUAGCUGGCUAGAUCACGAACUUGCUUUAGUUCACUAAGCCUGCUCCAGUAAUACAGUGAAAUAUUAAUCCCAGGUGAAAUAAUUACAAUAAUAAUUUGUAACAGGUUUGGAUUAUCUCCCAAACAAUAUACAGUUUGACUUUGGCUUUUUCCUCUUACAUACAAAUGUGGGUUCAUUAUUUUCAUUCAAUCCAUAUUCCUGUCAGAACAGAAAUGCAGAAAAAUUGUCACAGUCAUGAAACCUCAAGAAUUUCUGGUAAGAAUCACUUGCAGUAUUGCUACUAAAAAAAGAAAGAAAGGCAUUUUUAAUAAGAAUAGAUAACAUAACUAUGAAAACUAAAGUAAGAAAAUGAGAUCCUGCAAGCAUUCUGUUCAACAAAAUUGAGUACUUUUGUAAGCAGCAUCUUGGAUACUGCUAGCUCAGAUUAGAAAAUGGGCUUUCUUUAAGAUAGAAAAAAAAGUAAAAUAUUGCUCCACUAAAUUUAACUGGGGAUUUGCUAUUGUUCUCUAUGGAAGCAUUACUGUAAAAA